GUAUCUUAUCUCUAGUCACUGUGAGCAAAAGCAUCGUGUUGAAAUUUGACCUACAUUAAAGAAGAUAGGUGGUGUAUGAACGCAAAUAUAAAAGGCGAUUUAAAACAGAAACCGUUUUUUUAAUUUGCUAUAAUCUGCGAUCCUUAAACAUGAAUUGCCACCGAUUUAACGUUAUUAUGGAGAUAUUCAUUUUCAUAGGUAUUCUGACUGGAGAAGGCACUGCAUUCCUGCUUGGUUCCCCGUGCGACUGCCCGCCAUCGUUUACCGGAAGCACACAAGGGUUUGUGGAGAAAACCUUUUCCAAACUUAGUUCUAAUGUGACUGUGGUGAACCCAGGCAGAGGUUUCUACAGACAUAUUGAGACUCGAACCUCUAGCUUUCAUCCACUUUCGUCUUGGUCAAUGGGCCCACAAAACAACGUCUUAUACCGGCAGUACUACCUUGACACCUUCUUAACAUCCGAUCUUGAUACGACCUUCACGGACAAGGUCAAGGCCGAUCUCAAGCUCAUUCAAGGUCAAGGUUGGACGGUGAUUCUCAGAUUCGCUUAUAGCAACUGCUGUGUUCAACCGCCCUACCAUGACCCAAGCUACUCGCGUAUGCUCUCUCACAUCCGAAAGUUGGAUCAUGAUAACGUGUUCCGGGACUACGAAGGAAUCAUCGUAGCGAUCCAGGCUGGGUUUGUGGGCGUCUGGGGAGAGUGGCACUUCACGACCAGCGAAUUCGGGAUUACCAAAUACUGUUCGAGUGUCGAUCUCGGCCUCACUGACGCCCAGUGGGCGAACCGGAACGGAAUUCUCCAAGCACUCCUCGAUGCGGCACCUCCUUCAAUAGAAAUCUUGGUGCGAAUCCCGGAGUACAAGUUUCAUCUAUAUGACAAAGUUGCGACAACUCUCUCAGACGAGAAAACGCGGGCUGGUAAAUCACGAAUAGGUUUCUAUAACGACGCCUUUCUCUCGGACUUGGACCAAAAUAUGGGCACGUUCAAAUGUACCGGCGACCGGACGUACAUGGCCGACGACAGCCGUUACAACUACGUCACCGGCGAAACUAAUGACGCCAGAACACCCGCAGCAUGGACCUGUGCUAACGCGAUGAAGGAGCUUGCUCAAUUCCACUACUCAAGUCUGAAUACCGACUAUCUGAAAGAGAUAAUAGAUUCAUGGAAAGAGAAUGGCUGCUAUGACGUCAUAUCCGCUCAUCUUGGAUAUAGGCUGUACUUGACAAAAGCUAUUCUACCCUCCUCAGUCACAGCGGGCGGAGAGUUCUGCUACCACAUCGAGAUAAAUAACGAAGGCUACGCCGCGCCGAAUAAGGAAAUGGAGGCCCAUAUAGUGCUGGAGAACUCCGGAAAUGGCGCCCUCUACUCAGUGAUGGUUCCCGGUGUGGAGGUGCGGGCUUGGUUACCUGGCAACACGUAUACUCUUCAGGGAGCCGCGAGCGUGCCGGCGGCCGUUCCCAGUGGGAAUUAUAAGGUUGAUGUGAACAGUAAUUGCAUAUUUGAAGUCCUCACAUAAUGCUUACUCAAGCGAGGUACAUUUUGUUCUUCUCAACAAAGUGCUAGGAAGGAACAACAAAUAUUUUGUUCUUAUGGCAAAUGAAAAUGGCGUCCAAAACACGACAACGCGUAUGAACAGCCUCGGUCACACUAUUGACGUCACAUCCGGUCACUGCAACAGCCAAUCAGCGGCCGUGUUCCAUUCAUGGCAACAAACUGGAAAUGGAAGAUGAAACAUUUGAUUUUUUUUAAAUUUAUAAACAAAACAGAAAUU